UAUUCUCUGAUGGAAAUACACGGGCAGCAGUGUCGGAAAGAAGCCGGAUUAUAGCGGAAAGAUUUAACAUCCUAUAGAAACAAACAAGGAUUCGAAUUUAUCUUUUUUGCCGUAUUUGUAUUGUGCUUCAGAGAAAACGUUUCUUUAAUUCGUCUUUAAACUAUAUUUUGGUUAUGUUCCGCAGCACUUUUGAAUAGCACUUAACACGGCGUCUAGUUUUAAUAAAGGGAGCAUCGUUUACACUUUAACACACUCCAUAAUUACAUCAACACUAAAAUAAGAAGAAAGCGGCGUCAGUGAUGAAUUGUGCCAUAUCAGCGCUUCCAGUGUACCUUUGCAUUUUGGCCUUAAAGGUGGUGGUGGGUGAUGAGUGCGUCAGCAGCCAGUUUACAGACUCAGGCCAGUGUUGCAGUCUGUGCCCUGUGGGCAGUGGAGUGGCAUCUGGGUGUGGCCAAGAAGACACCAAGUGCCAGCCAUGCCAGGAGGGUGUGACCUUCUCCGUGGCCGAGGGCCUGUCGGGCUGCCAGGCGUGCGCGCGGUGCCCGCCGGGCGUGCCGCAGCUGCAGCGGUGCAGUGUGGCGCGGGACACGCAGUGCGACUGCGGUGACGGCUUUUUCCUCUUGAGGCAGGGCAAUGGCACGGAUAGCUGGUGCACGGCCUGCACACUGUGCAGCCCAGGCGAGGGUGUGGUCCAGGCGUGCAGCCUGGCGGGAAACACCGUCUGUCGCCGGUGUGCGGCGGGCACCUACUCGGAGGAGAAGAGUGCGCACCAACCCUGCCAGCCCUGCUCCCGCUGCACAGAGGGCAAGGUGCAGAUCCGUUCGUGUCAAGCCGACUCCGACACGUUGUGCAUGGACAAAGACUUGCACAUCCUGUCACGGCCGGCUGGAUCAGAGGGCCCUUGGGAGUUCCCGCGCCGGACCGGUUUGGUUGAGGAGGAGAACGAGAAGAGCAGCGUGUUGCCAGGGUACGAAACCCCCAGACACACCCCUCCGGACCAGGGGAGCAACCACACCCUGAUCUAUGUGUCUCUGCUGGCCGCAGUGGUGCUGGGGCUCCUGUUGUACGUCGCCUACAAGUGCUGGAAAUCAUUCCAACAGAAGCGGGCUCUCAGGAAGGCUCGAGCUGGAGAACUGAGUACUGCAGCUGAAGGGGAGAAGCUGCACAGUGACAGCGGAGUGUUUCUCGACUCACACAGCCUGCAGGAGAGUCAGCCCAGCAAAGGCAGUAAGCGGGACAGCAAGCAGGACACACGGCUCUACGUGAACCUCCCGCCCCACCGGCAGGAGGAGGUGGAGCGUCUCCUGGUCGAGGGCGGCGGCAGCGGCUGGAGGCAGCUGGCUGCCGCGCUGGGCUACGAGCAGGAGCGCACGGACGUGUUCGGCCGCGGCCAGGACCCCGUCCGCACGCUGCUGAUGGACUGGGCCCAGCAGGAGGGCUCCACGCUGGGUCUGCUCUGCUCCGCCCUGGCCCGCAUCGACCGCCACGACGUGGCUUCCACUCUCACUGCCCCAACCCAGGGGGUUUCGCUGGUCUGAGCGCCGUAGCCAGAUGGCAGACUCUGCUGACAAAGAGGGCCUAGCACUCCUUUGUAUCUAAUGGGGAGGCACAGUAACGUGCUCUAUGACUUUAUACGCCGAAAAUAAAACUAAACCCGAAGAACUACAACCUUCCUUUUUCAUUUACUUGUGCAGUGCUUUCCAACUGCUCGGGCGGAUCUUAUCCAGUAAAGACACAUGCUCCGUGUGUACUGAGUUCUAAUUCAGUAUUUAUAAGACGUUUUUCUUCCCUGGUGUGGAGCAGUCAGGAUGGGACGUGACAGGCUUCGUAAGGUUCUCUUUGUAAAGGGAAAGUUCCACCCCAUUUCUCUCUGCCCCACUUACGUGGAGCAUUGUCACGGCAAGCAUUUUGGGCGGUUUCGGUUACUACCUGUGGCUUGUGUUCGAGCACUAGGGGACAGUUUCGGUGCCGUUUUUCACACUCGCUCCCGAUGAAGGAGCGGCACUCUGAGGUCCGAGUUGGAACGAGCAGGAAUGAGACUGGCUAGCAUGGUGCAAUGCUGUGCAGCUUGCAGUGUUUACCAACCUGGAAAAAAUAGAGUCUAAAAGAAGAGAAGAAGGAAGACCGGCCAGCUUCAUGGACAAACUGUGGUUCUGUCAGCAGGUUCUUGAGAAAGCACCUAAUUUCUCUACAGCUGUCUGAUCUGUGUAGUAGUAAAUAUAAAUAAUUAUCAAGUUGUAUCACCAUGCACACACACACAUAUAUAUAUAUAUA